CGACUCUCUGGCAGCAACCUCCAUGUCGAUCGUCCAGCUCCGUGUCGAGUUACCGGCCCACUCGUACUCAUUCACUAUUGACGUCUCCUCGAAUGCUACAAUUCUAGAUGUCAAGCGCGAGAUAUCGCGGUCAUGCGCCGGGGCACCGCUUAUAGAGGGUCAGCGACUGAUAUACCGCGGGCGGUUCGUCGCCGAUGCAGAGAAAGUAGAGGACCUUUGGAAGUCUUCUGACGAAAGUCGGGUCUUACAUCUUGCGGUCCAUCCAUCGGCUUGGACAACUAAACCUCCAACGAUUUCCUCACCAGCAGCUCCGGACAUAGCUUCGGCUUUACAGCAGGCUGCUGAGAUGCCAUCCUUGUCGUCCCAGCAGUCAUACCCAUCCACACCUGCUUAUCAGCCUGGAUCGUUUGCUACGCUCGGUCAUAACCCCCUGACUUAUGUCAUCUUCCGGCACAACAAUGCUCUGCUUGCUCUGAUGCAAGAGCCUUUGGUACCUAUGACGGGCUCCGCUGAAGAACGGCAACUCCGUACGAUGGCUGUCGAAGCCGUACAGAAGUAUGGCUUUGUCUGGCCCAGUAUUCUGGACGAGGAGUUCCCCGCUCCUUCGAAUGAGACCAAUGGGCUAAAAUACGAACGGACCACGAUUCAGAAUGGUCUGUAUCUCACGCUCGUUACCCCCGACGCCCAGCCCACGCCCCUCCAGAGUCACGCUCUUAGCGUGUUAACGCACACGUUCCCUCUCCUUUCCCUUUCAUUACCCAACGUCCGCUCGCAGACGUCCAUCACAGCACCUCCAGAUGUGAACGUGCAGGACCUGAAUCGUCACUUACGGCAAAUGGGUAUUCCGCCACUCCGUGUCGCAGUUGCGGACUUGCCCGUCCGAGCUCUGAUGGCUCCCAUGCUGAUACUGGCGUUCCGCACCGCGUUCCUGCUCUACUUCUUCUCUCCCACCAAGAAACCCGUCUUCGCCUUCAUGAUUGGGGCCUGGGUCCUGUACGAGGCCUGGUGCGCCAUUCGCGGUGUGCUUGGCGGGGAGGUCGAUCGGGAUGAUGAAGGUCGUGCACGCCCCGUGCCCCGCGCUGCAGCCAACGCACCGCCAGGUGUUGCCCAGGAUCCCGCAGUCGCAGCUGCAAGGCCUGGUCAGAAUGGUGCCCGCACCGCUGCCAGACCCAGCCAAUCCGACAUCAUACUCCAGAAUAUCGCCGACGUGAACAUGGCCAUGGAAGAGAGGGCGCUCUCCGCAUCAGCCGAUUCCCGUCCGGUACGGGAACCCAGUUUGGGCCAGAAAGUCUCGAUGUUCUUCUUUUUGCUCUUGACCACGCUGCAUCCCGCGAUCUGGGAUCAGCGUCGGAAACUCCUCAGACGGAGGGAGGGUCGGAUACGCACUGAGGCCAACGCGAUGGAAGCUAGUGAGCAGCGCGGGGUUGAGGGCGAGGACGAUCGCCAGGCUCAGGCCAGGGCGGAAGCAAGAGAGCAGUUGUUGGCUCAGCACCGGCGCAGACCGCAAUGGGUGCGGGAUUAUAUUCAACGGGUGCGCUCGGGAGACUGGGUAGAUGACUGACCGCACUUUAUACUACAAUGUACCAUUAUAACUCAGGAUUUUAUGCCGAUGUAGCUCUCAGAUUGCUUUCG